UUCUUUUCCAUGUUCACAGUUUAAUUAACACAACAAGAAAAAAAAAAGGAAGGCUAGUUAUGAAUUACGAUGUCCAAAGCUAUAUUAACAUCAAAAUAAAAAUAACUCCCAUCAGUCACUUCUUUGGCACCCAAAGCAUCACCCAAAAGAAAGCCUCCCCCACUCCGCAAUGCUCUCAUUGCUUUAGUGGGGUCCACUCUGAUGACUAAUCCAGACCGUACAGUACGAGACUGACCUUUCCCAUUUCUUCUACCAAAGAUGCCAUCAAAAAAAAAAAGGGACCACUCUUCUUUCCUAUAACUGGAAAACCCCCGAAUCUGAGGGAGGGAGCCCAUGGCGAGCUACGGCGCCAUGCUCCGGCGCUCCGGCCUGGCCCGCGCCACCGAGGCGGUGGCGGAGCGUGCGCGCACCACCCGGAAGGCCUUCUCCCGCUUCGCCCGACCCCAGGCCUUCGCCUGCCCCUCCGACGCCGAGGCCGCCGCCGUCCGCGCCGUCCGCAACGUCGCCUACUUCCGCCUCCACUACGCCCUCGUCCUCUGGGUCAUCCUCCUCGCCACGCUCGCCCCCGCCCGCCGCGCCUCCAUGCUCUUCCUCAUGGCCGCCUCCAAGGUCGCCCUCUUCUACGGCGCCCUCCUCCGCGCCUUCUCCAACUCCGCCCUCCUCCGCCGGAUCCUCCACCGCCGGCUCGUCCUCGCCCUCUUCCUCGUCGUCAUCGUCGUCGAUCUCGCCCUCACCGACGCCAUCAAGCACCUCCUCCUCGCCCUUGCCAUCGCCGCACCCCUCGUCUUGCUCCACGCCGUCUUUAGGGUUAGGGACGAUCUCGUCGUCGGCGACGAGGCCUCGGCCUCCGGCGAGGCGGCGCCUCUCUCGGACAAGAAGGAGAAGGAGGAGUUCGAUCUCGAAUCCGGAUCCAAGUGAUUGGCUCGGCGACACGAUUUAAGUUUACAUAUCUAAAUACGUUUUUUUCCUUUUUUUAUUUAUAAAUUUUGGGAUGCUUACUAAUUUGAACGGAUCUUGGUAAUGACUUACUGGGGCUCUAAUGCUUGAAAUGAGCUUUUGUUACUUGGGAUGAAUUUUUUAUGUGUAAAUGAUUUCCAUCUUCAAACUA